CCAUUCCUUGAGAGAUUUCCCGACUCUCUCUCUCUCUCUCUCUCUCUCGCUCUUCCCCUCUCUACCGCUCCCACGGGCUUGUGCUCUGCGCGCUGCAAUUGCUCUUCUCUUGUCCGUGUGUUCCUUGUACUGUGAACGUCGUUCGAUCUCCGGUACGGGUGGGGCUGGUGGUGGUGUUUGUGGAAGAAGAAGGAGCAGCAGCUGCAGCAGGAGGAGGAGGAGGAGGAGAAGAAGAUUAGAAGAUUAGAAGAUUAGAAGAAGAAGAAGAAGAAGAAGAAGAAGUAGUAGUAGUAGUAGUGGGAGAGAGUGGGAGAGUUGACCCGGGGGUCGUUUCCUUCGAGACGGUGCCCAAUCUUCAUCUGUUCGACUCCAUCAUCAGCAUCAUCAUCACUGUCAUCGUCCGGAUAUCCACCGAGAGCAGAGCAGGAAUGCGCAGGGAGUUGUAGUGGUCGCCGGUAGGUCUCGGCAGCCUGUGCAAGUCGUUGGUAUCGUUUAUCGAAGGCUCAAAUCGUCGUGGAGGAGGAGGAGGAGGAGGAUGAGGAGAGACAGCGAGUGACAGAGAAUUAGGAGCUGCCAUAGAUUAGGCUGUGUGGUAAGAAAAGGCCCGAGGAGGGGGAGCUUAGCUUUGUGUCGAGGCCCCGGAGGAAUGAACGAUUGAGAUUGACCUCGGACUCGAAGAAGAAGAAGAGAAAGACGAAGCGGUCUGAGGUCGAUGAUGAUCCGCUUUAGUAGACGAGCAGAGCAAGCGUUCUCGAGGGGCGUCGGACCAGGCAGGUGGAAGGAAGGAAGGAAGGCGGGCAAGGAAUGGAAUGGAAGUGACGAGUGAACGAAGAAAUAAAGAAAGAAACAAAGAGAGUGAGUAGUAGAAGAGUGUGGUUGGUUGGUUGGUUGGCUGGUUGAAGGGCUGAUUGUUUUGUAGAAAUCGCGAGAGAGAGAGAGAGAGAGAGAGAGAGAGAGAGAGAGAGAGAGAGCGAGCGAGCGCUUGGCGUGUGGAGUUUUGUUAGUUACUGUCAGUAGUCGACAGGAGGCAACGACGAGCGAGCGAGCGAGCGAGCGAGAGGGCCGGAGGAUGUGGGGAUCAGACGAGGAGGAAGAAGAAGCAGCGCGUCUGUGAUGGUCUACCCUUGUCCUUGCUAUCCUGGUGGUCUAGAUUUGGUGGCAGGAGUCGGGCGAGCCUGGGUGGUCAACUCGAGGCCGAUAUGUCUGCUGAGCCCACCUGAUUCAAGAGCGUUUGAAUCUGGCGUGCACAAGCUGCUCUGGCCUCGGAGCGAUGAUGCGUUGUUGCAGUCGCCGGGGUGUGUGGGGUGAUGGUAGCUGCUAUCCUCCCUUGGAUACCACCACACUCUUUCCUUCUCUUGCCUGUCUUUUGAUCUUCACUUUCUCCUACUCUCCCCCAGCUCACUGCUUGUAGGCAUCGCCCUCGAAUUGAAGCUUGAGUCCCUGGAACGUGAACUGAUCUGUUCCCAUCCCCUCCCUGUCUCUAGACCCAAUCCCCGUUUGGCACAAUUCGCUAUGUGAACCGAACAUAGACCUCACCAAUUUCACCAUAAAAGUACCCAAGAUACCUGCUUACCGCCGGACCCACAAUUCGGGCCCCUUCAUCGUUCCCUCGGCGGACGUAUCCUGUUUUUGCUGAUCACCUGUCACCGUAGGCCUCUGUGUGUGUGUGUGUUGCGGGAGUUUGGCCCUUAAGGCACCCCCCCCCUCCACCUCUGAACAUCCUCGUGGCGAGCUCGAGCCAGAGCUCAGCUCGCGCUUGAGCUUGAGCUUGAGCUUGAGCAGAGGGAGCGGAACCUGGUCGUGAAAUCUUGUUCUGCAUCCACCUCCAAUCCCCGAGCUGAGCCGAGGAUUUGUGGCCUGUCCUUUGCGACUCAGUUCUGCCAACCGACCCGUCGAUUAGUAGGAAAAAAGUAGCUGAAAAGGCGAUGAUGGAGCCCAUUUCGAACGAAAGGAUUCAGCAAUGUUUGCACAGAUGGCGCUCUGCGGAUGCAUUAGGGUUAGGGCAAUUGUCAACGUCGCCCAUGGCAGGGUCUCCGACGGAUUCCAAGUUCAUAAUGGACGACUCGCUGCUGACAGAGCUGAUGGAUCUCGAUCCUUUGGUGGAUCAAAAUAUCGAGCCCUGGAUAAACGCGUCCUCGCCUGGUGAAUACUAUCCAUUCACGACGUGCUCGCCGUCGAAUGUGUCGGGCCCUUCGUCGCUGUACUACACACUCAACCAGACGAUCCCGCAGGGCUACAGAGGAGGAGAUUGCUACUCGCUGCCGGGACAUUCGUCCAACAUUUCAAGGAUUCCCGAAGGCGGGGAGGAUUUGCAGCGCCUCGUGUCGACCAAUGCGACCAAUUCGUCGUCCUCGUCGGUGUCGAAUUUGGCCUUCUCCAAAAGCGGGGCCUGGAUCUCCAACGACUUCUCUCCCGGCGCCUACUCGCAGGAUUUUCUCCCGGUUUCGCCCUCCAGCUUGUUAGAUCGCUCCGGGUGCCCGAAUCAGAGCGGCAAUUCAUCGGAGGCGACAGGGGUCAGCAGCAGCAGCGCCACCGCCGAUGGACGAGGGCUCAAGCAUUCUGCGGACGUGGAUUUGUCCGGCCAGGUCGCCAGGGACGAAUCUCUGGGGCCUCGCGGCGGCCCUUCUCUCGGGGGCUACAUCGACAGCCUCGUGUAUCGCGACUCCUCCAAUGGCGGGGCCGAGAAGGCCGAAGAACGCCAAGACGAGCUGCUGGAAAUGCUCGGCUCCGGGCGCGAUUUGAUCCCUGCCGACAAGCAGGAGCUCCGAGGCGGACGAUUCGUGAGCCAGGGCCACGCCAACAAGGGCUUGUCGCAGACGCUCAAAGACCGCAUGACGCAGGCGCUGAAAUCGAUCUCCAAUUUGACCGGGGGCGACACUCUAAUCCAAAUCUGGGUGCCCACGACGCACGGAGAGAAGCUCAUCCUGAGCACGCGCGACCAGCCCUACGUCUGCGCCGCGAACGACAACCGCCUCUUCUGCUACCGCAAUGUGUCGGCCAACUUCGUGUUCCCCACCGAGAAAGGCUCGUCCGAGUACCCGGGGCUCCCCGGCCGAGUGUUCCUCACGCGCGCGCCCGAGUGGACGCCCAAUGUCCUCUACUACUCCUCGCAGGAGUUCCUGCGCGUGAGCUACGCCGAGCAGUGCGAUGUCAAGGGCACUCUGGCCGUGCCUGUGUUCGAAGAAACCUCCAACAUCUGCCUGGCUGUAAUCGAGCUGAUUAUGAAGUCAGAGAAAGUUCAGUACGGGCCUGAACUGGACAUCAUCUGCCGAGCCCUCAAGGGCGUCAGCUUGUCAACCAGCGGAUGCCAAUCUCCUCCCACAGAGAUCCGGUCCGAGGAACGGCAAAGAACUCUAGCGGAAAUUUUAGAGGUCCUGACAGCGGUGUGCGAAACACACAAACUUCCUUUGGCCCAGACUUGGGUCCCAUCCUGGACUGAUGCCACUCCGGUGCCGGAACUCGGUAGCGGGAGCCCGAGCAUGAAUGUGAGCCCAAGAUUGAGUGGAACCGUCAGCAAUAAACCGCGAGUCGUGCUACACACCGCACACGGACCUUGCUAUGUGAGUGACUCUUCGAUGUGGGGUUUUCGGCGUGCAUGCACAGAGCAUGUCGUAGAAAAGAAUCAGGGUGUGCCUGGGAGGGCUUUUUCAUCCAAUCAGCCUGUUUUUGAAAGUGAUGUGCGUAACUAUCCUAAAAUCGAAUAUCCACUGGGCCACUACGCAAAAAUGUUUGGUUUAAGUGCAGCAGUGGCUAUCCGAUUACGCAGCAUUCAUACAGGUAGUGAUGAUUACGUUCUGGAGUUUUUUCUACCACCUUCUUGUGUAGAUGGUAAUGAGCAACAACUACUGUUGAAUGCGCUUUCCAUCACCAUGCAGCGUGUCUGUAGGAGCUUGCGCACGGUUACCAGCAAAGAGCUUGAUGAAGAGCAGGAUGGCUCUGGGAGGGUAGAAGCGCUGGAAGGCAAGUCCUUGAAUGUUGCAAACGCAGCCUUCGGAUCCAAGGCCCCCGACGUGUCCCCCCAUGCGCAGGAUCUCGAGGACCAGCAAGGGCACUCGGGUCUCUACGACCACCAGCACUCGUCCGAGGACUCGCUGCAGCAGCACCACAUGCACCCGUCCUCGCCGCAGCUCGCGCACGACUCCAAUGGCCGCUCCGACAUGGAUGCGCACCACGCCUGGCGCUCCGCCGGCCACCCGUACCAGAUGCCCGAGGCUGGCGGCUCUGGGGACGGCGUGCACAAGCGCCGCCCCGAGCGCAGGCGCGGCACCAACGAGAAAACCAUCGGCCUCAAUGUGCUCCAGCAGUACUUCGCCGGCAGCUUGAAAGAUGCUGCGAAAAGCAUCGGUGUGUGCCCUACGACCUUGAAAAGAAUCUGUCGGCAGCACGGAAUUUCGAGAUGGCCGUCGCGCAAGAUCAACAAAGUGAGCAGGUCGCUGAAGAAGCUGCAAGGGGUCAUCGAUUCGGUCCAAGGCGCCGAUGGAGCUCUGAGAAUCAACGCAGAUCUGGCGAGCGCUGCGGCAGCCGCUGCCGCCGCCGUGAGCGGCGUGCAGCUGGGCCAGGACAAUGGCUACGGCGCAAGGAACAGUUGGACAGUGUCCUGGGCCACGCCUGUGCCCGGAGGAGCGGCGGGCCACAGCGCUGCAGGAUCCUCGGAUCAGCAGCAGCAGCAGCAGCAGCAGCAGCAUUUGACGAGCAGCUCGCCUCCGGUGGUGGACUGCCAGAUGAGCCGGGGCGACGAGGCGGGCAAAGGCAUGCAGCAGUCCUGGCAUGGCAAAGUGGCGUCCCCCGGCGCAUCGAGCGGGGGCAAAGCGUCACAGAGCGGCGACGUCAGCUCGUACACAGUAGGUAGUAGUAGGGGUGUAGAUGUGGAUAUGGUGGGGAAUGCUGGUGCUUGUCAAGCUUCCGAUGCUGCGGGUGAUGAGAUGGUGGAGGCCAGGGUUGAUAAUUGUGGCCAGGGCGAAGUGCCCAACGCCCAGAACGAGCAGUCCGGGGCUGGGGCUGGGGCUGGAUCCGUGUUCGGCACUGGCCCCAAAGCCGACCCCGCCCCUGGCAAGGGGUCGUUUGUGGGCGGGGAGAGCCGGGUCCAUGGCGGCGGGGCUGCGCUGGCAGCUCUGCAGGGUGUAAAUGGCGAGGAAAAGCAUUUGAGUUGUAGUAGGCUAGGAGUUGCAGGGUUAUCGAGUGAUUACAGGGCUCUGAAAAUAUAUUGUGGCACAUCUCCUGGCGAGGAGGAUCCCGAAGGUGGCAAUCAGAGCUCGUCCGGAGUGGAGGGAUCUUCGCAGCAUUACAGCUCAUCGCCAGUUCGCGUCAGUGACUGCGGCUCGCCGUCGUCUGGCGUUGGCUCCCAGCGCAGGUCUCCCAAUUCGCACGAUGAGAGUUCGUCCACCAUUGUGAAGGCCACGUAUGGAUCGGACACUGCCCGAUUCAAGCUUCUGCCGAACUCCUCGUAUCAGGAUCUUCGCGAGGAGGUUGCUAGUCGACUCAAACUGCCUGUUCAAAGCUUGAACCUUAAAUAUCGAGACGAUGACGAGGAAUGGGUAUUACUGGUGUGUGAUGCCGAUCUGGAUGAGUGCAUCGAAGUUAUGAGAUCAACUGGAGGCCAUGCAAUCAAGCUCAUGGUCCGUGUCGAGACAGUGAAUACAUCGCAAUGUGGUGGUGGUAGUAGCAGCGGAAGCACCGGUGAGCAAUAAUGGUGUGCCUGACUGACUCCUAUUCCACAGUAAUAUAGAUUGUUUCCUUUGAGUCGCGGCCUGGGUACUCAAGUUGUAACCCAUUUAAGAAGCCAACAUCUUGAGGUGUAACCCAUCUUGUACCGUAACCCAUUUUUGUUUUUUAUUCGAUGAUGUAUUCUUGUAAAUCUAGCAUGGCAAUAAAAUGAUACCCUGCAACUUUUAACGUC